AGUUUUACAUCAAGGGCAAUCAAGGGAUUACAUAACACACCCUCUAGUUGGGUAGAAAUGGAAAUAUCUGGAAUUUUCCAAUUAUUGAAUGACGAGAUUAUAAUUUCCAAGAUGGCAGCCUCCAUGUUUCGAGUUGUUCCCUUGGUACAUUCAAUCAUUCAUCAUUCUGUUCCAACAACAAGAUUGUUCUCAACCUACCAAGUGAAAUUUGCAGAAAAGUGGAGAAUCAAACACGGCCUCCCACGGCACCCCAAUGCACAUGGGCCAUUAGUUGACCUGCCUGAUUAUACCUACCUCGAUGGACGUCCCACACCUUUAACCUUUGGUCAGAGAAAGCGAAGGGACUUACAGAUUGACUAUUCAGAAAGAAUCAUGAAACUUCUCAACGAGAUCGACACAACCGAAAAAAUCUAUAACGAGAAAAUGGCAGAACAAAAAAACGUCAACAAAGACAUUGUUAGGAGUAAAUUAAAACCUAAAGGAGGGACAGCCAAGUCCUGACAAGAUGAUUGUGUGUCCUACACCUGACUCUUAGUAGUAGUUAUUCAAAGGAAGUACAUUUAGUGAAAAGACUGUUCCUUUCUCACUGUGAAAGUCAUUUGGAUUUGGAGUGAUGUGGUCUGCAUUGCAACAGUGGACAUCAACUUUUCUGGUUGUCUGUACAAAGUCUUGUAAAUAAAGUUUAUGUGGUACUUUAA